UGCCGCCAGGGAAAGGAAAAAUUUGUCAAAGAAGAAGACGAUGAGGCUGCUGCUGUGAUGAAGACAACGAUGAGGAUGAUGAUGGAGUCAACAAAGAGACGGCUGCUGGUGUCAUUUUCGUCUUUUUAGCAACGAAAAGUCUUUUUGCGUUGUAACGACGUGACCAUGGCUGAUGAGGUGUCAUGUCUUUGCCCUGAUGAUGACGAGGAGGAGGAGGAAGGAGAGAUUACCAUGGAAACACCAAAGCGUCCUGUCUACUGCUUGUGCAGGAAACCUGACAUCAACUGUUUCAUGAUAGGCUGUGAUGGCUGUGCAGAGUGGUUCCAUGGCAACUGUGUGGGCGUGUCAGAGAAGGCAGCCAAAGCCAUCAGAGUUUGGUUCUGUCCGUCGUGUCGAGAAAAAGACCCUUCUCUGGAGGUUCAAUAUCGUCAGAAGAAGGCAAAGGGGGCGGAGCAAGACGGGGACAAAUGGGAGGAGGAUGGGAGCCCCACCCCUCAGGCCAAGAUGGACAGGACACGUGGUUCACAGCAAAUCAAACGCUCAGCUCGCAUGUGUGGCGAGUGUGAUGCCUGUUUGCGGACGCGCGACUGUGCCAUCUGUGACUUCUGUAAAGACAUGAAGAAGUUUGGAGGACCCAACAAAAUUCGACAGAAGUGUCGCCUCAGACAGUGUGAGGUCCGUGCACGGAAGAUGCUCCGCGUGAAAGAAGAGGAGGAGGCAAGUGCGGGCGGCGUGAAGGGGCGGGACUUCCAGAGAAAAGGUCACAUGACGGAGGAGGAGGAGGAUGAGGAAGAGGCCUUCAGUGAAAGUGAGCUGGAGCUCUACAAGCAGUACAAAGCUGCUGGAUUUAGAGACAUGGUGUGGCACAGCGAGGAGGAGGAGGAACCUGACGCCCAGAGGAAGAAGGCGGUGAAGGUGAAGCACGUGAAAAGACGGGAGAAGAAGACGGAGAAGAAGAAGUCGGUCUCCGCCCCCAAAGAGGAGGUGCGGCGUCACAAGGCAAAGCAGCGGCACAGGGAGCGCGUGCGGCACAGCGAAAGAGGUGGAGAGGGCGGAGCUAAGGACUCGGGUGGGACUCUGCGUCAGUGUCUUGGUCCAGGCUGUGUCCGAGCGGCCCGGAACAACUCCAAGUACUGCUCUGACGACUGCGGCAUGAAGCUUGCAGCCAAUCGCAUCUAUGAGAUCGUCCCUCAAAGGAUCCAGCAGUGGCAGCAGAGUCCUUGCGUGGCGGAGGAAAUGGGGCGGAGACAGCUGGAGCGAAUCAGGAAGGAGCAGCAGGCAGCCAGGCUGCGCCUCACCCUGAUGGAGAAACGCUUCCAUGAGCUCGAAGGCAUCAUCGCCAACUCCAAACUUCAUCAGGUGCAACACGACGAGGAGGUGAAUGAAGGUGAGGGCGACGACACAGACUUUCAAAUCUUCUGCGUGUCCUGCAGUCAUCCUGUAAACCCCAAAGUGGCGCUGAGGCACAUGGAGCGGUGCUACGCCAAGUAUGAAAGUCAGACCUCGUUUGGAUCCAUGUACCCCACACGCAUCGAAGGAGCCACCCGCUUGUUCUGUGACGUCUACAAUCCUCAUAGUAAAACCUACUGCAAGCGGCUGCAAGUUUUAUGUCCAGAGCAUUCCAGAGAUCCCAAGGUGGCAGCAGAUGAGGUGUGCGGCUGUCCUCUGAUCAAAGACGUCUUCCAGCCUACGGGAGAGUUUUGUCGCGUCUCCAAGAGGAAGUGUAACAAACAUUACUGCUGGGAGAAACUUCGCCGCGCUGAGGUCGACCUGGAGAGAGUCCGAGUGUGGUAUAAACUGGACGAGUUGUUUGAGCAGGAGAGGAACCUACGUGCCGCCAUGACCAACCGAGCUGGUUUACUGGCUCUCAUGCUGCAUCAGACCAUCCAGCACGACCCCGUCACCACAGACCUGCGCUCAGCCAAAGACAGGUAGUUGACUUUUAUUAUGAAAGGCUGCGAUGCAGGAAGUGUGCUGUCAUCACUGGUAACUUCACUGGUACCUUGAAGUAUACAGUUGACAUCACAAGAUGCCCAAAUCCAAACUCCACUGCUUCAAACAUUUGUAAUUCCAGCCUUCUUUUUCCCAUUCGAAGGUUUUAAAGUUUACAUUUUAUCGUCAUGCAACGGAUGUUUGUAUUGCUUUUUAUAUUCGUACAUUUGUCUUUUAUAUUUGUAUUUUCAGUGUAUCUUCAUGUUGAUGUAAGCAAAAAUUAACAUUAAAAAUGUCA